AUGGUUAAUGCUGAAGGAACCCCUGUAUUUACAGAAAAAGAAAUUACAGAGACAAUUGUAUCUUAUUUCUCUGAUCUCUUCACCUCAGUCCCAGGGGAUAGAGUGCCAAUCGUCUCAAAAGCCUUAACCCCAAGAGUCACUGAAGCAGAGAACCAGGCACUUAUCUAUACACCAGCCGCACUAGAAAUUCACUUGGCUUUACUUGCUAUUCAUCCGGACAAAGCUCCUGGACCGGAUGGAUUGAUUCCGAAGAGUACUGGAGCGUCCGUAGUUUCAGAUUAUAGACCAAUUGCGCUAUGCAACGUCUACUACACAAUAAUCUCAAAACUGCUAGCAAACAGACUCAGGCAGGUUCUACCGGACCUGAUCUCGGAAAAUCAAUCUGCCUUUGUGCAAGAUAGAGCUAUUGUCGAUAACAUACUGAUAUCUCACGAAGUACUACACUUCCUGAAAACCUCAGAUGCCUCGGUACGUUGUUCAAUGGCCGUAAAGACUGACAUGAGAAAAGCCUACGACCGCCUUGAAUGGGAUUUUAUAGAAGCUGUUUUCCUUCAACUUGGGUUCCACGCAAACUGGACAAACCUGAUCAUGCAAUGUAUCAAGACAGUCUCCUACUCUUUUCUGAUAAAUGGUUCAGCGCAAGGCAGAGUGAAACCAAACCGAGGAAUCAGACAAGGAUAUCCCCUAUCUCCCUAUAUCUUCAUCAUCUGUAGCGAGGUAUUGUCUGGUCUUUGUAAAAUUGCCCAAGAGGACAAGACGCUGCAAGGGAUAAAAGUUGCUACUAAUAGCCCUAGGAUAAACCAUUUGCUCUUCGCUGAUGACACACUCUUCUUCUGCAAGACAAACCCCCGAAGUGUGUCUACCCUGCUUAGCAUCCUGUCUCUAUACAAACAAGCUUCUGGACAGCGCAUCAACCCGCUGAAAUCUGGCGUCACUUUCUCAAACAAAAUGCCCCAAGAACUGAAGGAUAAAGUAAAAUCAGAUUUGGGCAUUGAGAAAGAGGGAGGAGUGGGGAAGUAUUUAGGAGUACCAGAGCACUUUGGAAGGAAAAAGAGAGACCUAUUCACCCCUAUUGUAGAUAGAAUCAGACACAAGGCGUCUAGCUGGUCCACUAAACAGCUCUCUAUGGCCGGGAAGAUGGUUCUACUCAAAGCUGUACUCUCUGCAAUACCCAACCAUUCAAUGCAAUGUUUUAAACUACGACAGCCCUUAUGCAAAAGAAUCCAAUCAGCUUUAACCCGAUUCUGGUGGGACUCAAAGGAGGGUAAGCGUGGAAUGUCCUUAGUGGCUUGGGAUACUUUGAUCAAAUCGAAAAGAGACGGUGGAUUGGAUUUCAGAGACAUCCAAAGUUUAAAUGAUGCCCUCUUGGCAAAGAUCAGUUGGCGCAUCCUCUCGUCACCAUCCUCCCUUCUAGCACGCGUCCUGGCUGGCAAAUAUUUCCACAACCAAGAGUUUCUCUAUGUUAAAGCUCCAUCUGCAUGCUCCCACGACUGGAGGGGCAUCCUUAUUGGACGUGACCUGAUAAAUGAACAACUAGGAUGGGCCAUUGGAAAUGGGGAAAGUGUGUCUGUUUGGAACGAUCAGUGGCUCUAUGCUGGUAGAAAAGGUAACCCAAUGGGACCUGCCCCUGAAAGCUCUAAGGACUUAAAAGUUGCGGAUCUCUUCAGAGAACAGACACGAGUAUGGGAUGCCCAAAAGAUCGAGGACUUGUUUCCUCUCCUUCAAGGUACAAUCAUGUCGAUCAAACCCAGUAAGUGCGGAGGCAGUGACAAGAGAAUUUGGUUAAACCAAAGCUCGGGACAGUACACUGCUAAAUCAGGCUAUUUUGUUGCCCUUCAAAAGAACUACCCUAUGCUGGCUGAACCUCAGGUUCACCACCAAGACUGGAUACAAGAUCUUUGGAAAAUCCCUAUGACGCCUAAAAUAAUGCUUCUAAUCUGGAAGAUCAAGCAUGGCGCAUUACCAGUGGGAGAAGUUCUAAGGGCAAGACAGAUUAUCCCUAACUCAAAGUGCAUCAGGUGCGAUUGCUCCGAAACUAUCAUCCACCUAUUUUUCCAUUGCGAAUUUGCUCGUAAAGUUUGGGAAUUAAUACCUGUUUCGGGAGGCUUUAACUGUGAUCAAGUGGUGACCUUUGAUGCGGCCUGGAAGUCAGCCCUUCAGGCUACUGUUCUCCCCCCAAUAGGGCUAGCUGAUACUUCUCUUGCCCCAUGGAUAAUUUCCUCAAUAUGGACGGCGAGGAACUUCCUGAUUUUCCAAAAACGGCAAUUCUCAGCUCAAGAAACUAUGGUAAAGGCAAUUUGCGAUGCAAAGGAGUGGAAAUCAGCACAAUCAACCCUCUCCCCUCCAACUCGCAAUACGAUCUACCCGCCCAUUAGACACAAUUCUGAAUUUACCUGCAGAUCAGACGCGGCGUGGAAGAAAGAGCUCAAUAGUGGAGGCGUGGCGUGGAGUUUCUACAACUCCUCUGGUGAGAGAAUCAACUCUCAUAGCGAACCUGUUGCGUUUGUCAUCUCGUCUCUUGUGGCGGAGGGACUAGCAAUACGCUCGGCGAUGGAGCAUGCAAUUGCUCUGCAGCUUGGAUCAGUGAUCUUCGAAUCAGACUCUCUACAGUUGGUGGCAGCUAUUGUGGGCGAUUCAAGCUUCUCGGAGAUUCAUGGAAUCCUCUCUGAUAUUCGCCUUCUAUCUACCUCUUUUGUUUCAAUUUCGUUUCGUUUUAUCCAUCGAGAAAACCUUAAUUUUGAAGACUCUAUGGCUAAACAAGCUCUCAGUCGUUUUGUAGUGAACCCGGUUUAA